AUGCUUCUGCUUAAGCUCCCGGAAAUAGCAAAAAUCACCAGGAGCUGUGAAGUAGUUAGAAAUUUCUUUCUUGGGCGGCUUCUUCCUCGGGGCUGCACAGAAACGCUGGGUUUGGAGCUUGGCAGAGCCAGUGCCAAAGCAGGACAGAGCGGGGGGCUGGGAGGGGCGGCCUUCCCCUCUCUGAGGCGUGGCCCUGCCUGGGGCAGGCGAGCAGGGAGGCAGAAGGCAGCAGGCUGGCUCCGGUGGGCCCGGGACGGCGCGCCGCGCCGAGCUCCCAGCUGCCGAGGGCCGCGGCGAGGGGCGCCACCUCCCGACGGGCUGCUCGGCCCGGCUCCGGGCCUCUGGGCUCUCCCAGGGAAACAGAAACCAGUCAAAUUGAAGAAAUGGCCGAGAGGAAAAAGAGAGGACGAUGAGUUCCAGUGCCAACAACAACAGUUCCCGAGAGCCCUAACACGGUCGAAAAGCAGAGGAAACGAGGCUUUCCUGAAAUUCCUCUGCUGUUGGUCUGAGGUGCGGGUCUCGCUCGCUCAAAGUCCGGUCCUCUGGCGCCGCCCUGUGGCCGCUCGGCCCAAUGGCAUUGCAGUCCCAGCUACCGCCCAAACUCCCCAUCUGACCUUGCUCAUUCCAAGUCCAGCAAUACAUGGCGCUGCAUCAGGCAAACCGGGUUUGGGAGAGUGCCCAACCAAGGAGAUCUACCUCCGCUCCGCUCUGGACCUCUGACUGGGGUCUGCAGUGGGCCUCUACUCUUCAUCGCAGGUGCUUGGUGCAGGUUCCCGCCCACAUAGGCCUUUGUGGUUGCUCCAUCUCAGGCAUCUGCCCUUGUCUGGGAUGACUUUGGAUUUGCUAAUGAUUUUUUGGAUAUGACACCAAAGGCCCAGGCAACAAUAUCAACAAAAAACAGGUC